AUGCCAGCGCCGCGCUCAAAGAGAUAUGAAUCAGAGUAUCUUUCACAUUACAAGCAAUUUGAGGCUAAACGUCCUGAUACAGUGAAGGGUGAAGUGACAAGAUCAGUUACCAACAGCCACAUGAACAGUCAUGGUUCAACGCCAAGGGCAGGCGUACAGUCCAGUAAACUGGGUACUAUCCAUGAACCUCCACUUCAAAGAAAAAGGAUUGUGCCAUAUGAAAAGAACCACAACAUCUUCACAACUUUUACUGUUAAAGAACAGGAUGAUAGAGACUGGUUAAAGUCUGGUGGAGAAUCACGCAGGUCCCAUUCACUUAACAGACAGCAUGAGAAGGGAAAAGGCACAAAGGCUGUACAAAGUUCAGUAUUAAACAGAAGUGAAACGCCAAUCCUUGCAGCUGAGAGAAAGAUGUUUCGUGAUCAAGAGCAGCAUGGAAACAGAAAGCAGCCAGUUUACGUGCCAGACAGAAUCAACAGGAGAAGCACUUACAAACUGGAUUACGUGGACUACAAGAAACAAUCAAAGUCCCCUAAAAAGAGCAAACCCAGAAAACAGCAGAGUCCACCAAAGAUAGUUGGAGGUAGGAAAGGAGAAGUCAGCCCAGAUCGCCUUCCCCCUGCUGGGAUCCGAAGAGCCACAAGUAUUGGUGAUACAAGACUUCUAAGGCCUUCAGAAGACUCUCAGUACCUAAGGUCACCAGAACGCCAACAAAAAGUUUUUGACUCAGAGUAUUCAAGCCGCUUUGUUCAGCCAACGAAGUUUAAAUACGUUGAUGGAUUAUGGAUAGAAACUCCAAUCAGCACGGAGGCAACCUAUAACGUAAGGGAUAAACAGAAGGAUACGCCCGAUUGGUUUGAUCAGGUACUUCAUCGUCGUAACGAGGCCUAUGGCUACGCGCACAAUGCGCGAGGAACACAUUUCUCUCGCGAGAGCCUAGAUGAAAUCAACAGAGAACAGGCGGAACGUGCGGGUUCUCUUUCCUCAGCUGAGGAAAAGAGCAGAAAUCGUACAGCACACCCACGAUCCCGAGCAAGAAGCAUGUCGCCACCACGAAGACGCGAAGCGUGGACCGAAGAACGCUCUCGCUCUCCGACAGGUUCCGAAGAUAGGCGAGCAGGCUCGGGAACGGACGCCACAUCUGAUGAUGGGACCGACAUGAUUCUUGAACGAGGUCGAUCUCCGACUCCAGAACUUCGAGAUACCCGAACAUCUCGACGGCACCACCUUGAUGUGACGACUGAUAUCUUGAACGAUAGCUUUGAGAAGUCUGUGUCGCUUUCGAGGAAAAAGAAACCUGCUUCGCGGGGAUACAGCAAGUCCGGCCGGAAUGGGUAUAGCACACCCCCUAGAGAGGAUAGGGAAGCUCGCCCUACCAGCCCGGCCUCGAGUGUGCGAUUAGGAGAUGAUGCAAGGUCCUUCACACCUCCCCGCAGGGUGGACAUAUCCCCACCUGAUCCCCGUCAAGUCAGUCCACCGGCUAGCGUCGGGGGUAGUGUGAGAGGAAGAGAUGAUGACGUGUUGUCCGUGUCUGCGAUGUCGAGUCGCGCAUCGACUGCAUCGGAGACACUUGAACGAGCCAGGAAACGGCGAGACGAGUUUUGGAAACGAGAAAACGGUCCUAAAUAAAAAGAUACAAAGAAAUCCCAAAAAAAGAUAAAAGUACAAAUGUCUAGUUUUAAUACUUGUUGAAGUAGAGAAAUUCCUCUGUCCGCUAACACUUUAUUUAAAUCCAUAAAUUUAAGUACCUUUUGCCGGUUAAUUUUAAGAAAGUCGUGUCUUUACAAAUCGCACGCACAUAAGAAAGUCACAUCAGUCUCAGUAAGAAAACGUAAAUUCCUUUUUGUCGCACUUCUUGUAGUCGAAAGUGUUUCCUUCAGUGUUGUUUUUUAUACAUGAUUUUAAACGAUCGGUUUUUUUAAUUGUAAGCUUUAAGUAAAAAAA